AUGGCCAUCAGGAUCACCAAAAUUGCCGUCCGCUCAUACUGCCGCUCAACCCGGCCAGUUGGACAGGCGACCGCCGUAAACACCGCGGAGGCAGCAAUCGCCGCCAUGAUUCGGGCAGCCUACGCACUAAUGGGGCAAUACGCCUGGACGCCCAAGGCGACGACCGCUUCGCUCAGACCCGUAAAGUUCGCCUGCAACGGACUGGCGCACUUGCAAUUUUUAGGAUCGUCGGAAGUUGGCUCACCAGGGCUCAUGAGUCGUCUGGCGGUGCGACUGGAGCCUCACACCAAUGCAGGCCCUCCCUGCGUGUCCGGCUACGGGCUUUCUUUCUCUGGAGGAUUCACCGUCCGUCGCUCGGCAAAGCGCGAGCUGAUGCCAUCGGGCGGAUGA